CAUGGCUGCGUGCGGCUGUAACGCGCUCCUGGCCGCGGCCAGGGCCAGUUUCAGGGGCUCCCAUCUCCUGGCGCACUCCAGCCCUCUGUACUCUCCAGCCGUCGCUCUUGUCCAGCUGGUGGAUUCCCAGUUAACCCGGACUUCAAGAGACUCCAGAGCCCACCCCUGGCCACGCCAUGCCUGCCUGGGCGCUGCCCUGCCUCGCUCACCUGCCCACACCUUGCACACCAGCCCACGGCAGCAGCUCCCACGUGAAUCCCUGCCCAGCCAAAAUACCAGAAACCAGGGAGCUAAACCUGCUAAGAUUCUGACAAAGCAGGUCAUAGAGGCUCCUGGGGGAAAAAAGUCCUUGCGACAAAGAGCUGUGGAUGAGCUGAAGUAUUACUACCAUGGAUUCCACCUGCUCUGGACUGACACCAAGGUGGCUGCCAGGAUGGUGUGGAGGCUGCUCCACGGGCAGGUGCUCACCAGGAGGGAGAGGCGAAGGCUGCUGAGAACUUGUGCAGAUCUCUUCCGCCUGGUUCCCUUCCUGGUGUUUGUCAUUGUCCCCUUCAUGGAGUUUCUGUUACCUGUGUUCCUGAAGCUCUUCCCUCAAAUGCUGCCCUCGACGUUUGAGACGGAGUCAAAAAAGGAAGAAAAGCUGAAGAAGAAGUUAAAUGCAAGGCUGGAGUUAGCCAAGUUCCUGCGGGAGACCAUUGCAGAGAUGGCCAAAAGGAACAAAGCAGACACAGGACAAGGGAAGCAAUUCUCCUCUUACCUGCAUGAGAUCCGCCCCAGCGGCCACCAGCCCAGCACGCAGGAGAUCGUGCGUUUCUCCAAGCUCUUCGAGGACGAGCUGACCCUGGAGCACCUGGAGAGGCCCCAGCUGGUGGCUCUGUGCAAGCUGCUGGAGCUGCAGCCCCUGGGCACCAACAACCUGCUGCGCUUCCAGCUGCUGCUGCGGCUGCGCAGCAUCAAGGCCGAUGACGAGAUGAUUGCCAAGGAGGGGGUCAGUGGCCUGAGCGUGUCAGAGCUGCAGAGCGCCUGCAGGGCCAGAGGAAUGCGGUCACUGGGGCUCACUGAGGAGCAGCUGAAGGAGCAGCUUGGGCAGUGGCUGGAUCUGCAUUUGAAGGAGAACGUUCCUUCUUCUCUCCUCCUGCUUUCCCGUGCCUUGUACUUAAUAGACCUGAAGCCACAAUCUGUUCCCAUUCCACAGAGCAAGACAGGUGAAGCUGCAGGAGUGAUGACAUCUGUGCUUGAAGGUCAGGAGACCCUCCUGGAUCCUGCCCCUGUUGUACAGGGAAGAAAGAAUGAAGAAUUUGUGUCCCAGCCAACAGAGAAAUUGCCAUUCUCAGAAGCGUCAGUGAAGCCUCCCCCACGAGAGACCAAAAUGGAAGCAUCCCAGAGCAGCAAGGCUGGUGCCAAUGGAGCCUAAGCUGGAGGCAGCACUGGGAGGAAGCAGCUUCCAUCUCCACACUCCUGCAAAGGGAACAGGGGUUUCCCAGGAGGCUGCUCUACACAACAAGGCAGUAGCCCUCAGGAGCCUCUCUCUCUGUCCCAAGCUUGUUAGCAACUAGCACUGCUGUCUGGAUGGCCCCAGACAUCUCUUUUGUGCUGGAUCCUUGCCCUGCUACUUUUAACUUAUGGUGUAAAUAUGUUAAUAAUGGUGCUGCUGUCUGUGCUGUUCCUGAGCAGGUGUUUGUGCUUAGCAAAGGCAGCUUUUCAUGUCAGAGCAGGCUGGGCUGGGGGUCCAGCAAAGCCUGUUCUGAGUGUUAAAUCCUCUGCAGGAACAUCCCCCCCACUCCCAGGGCCAGCAGCUUGUCCUGGGUGUCACAGCUCAGGCUCUUGGUCCUGGUUAGGGUAUUGUAACCAAUGACCAGCCCACAAGGACCCACUGGCCACAGUUUUACUGAGGAGGGUAAGCACAGGGAAGGAGCUGUGGCAGAACAGAUCAGGACUUCAGGCCUUGCUGGACAGGAGACAGAGCUCUCCCACAGAGCAGUGACAGGAACAGCCUCCACCUGGGAGUGUUGCUUCCCCAGUGAGAGCUGUGCAGGUGCCACACACUGUGACAGAAUCAGACUUGCACUUUCAGGAUCCCCCUGGGCCACAUGAGGAGCAGCCAGGGACCUGCACACUUUUCCCAAGCGUGGAGAUUUGGUUAAUCCUUCCCAGGCUCAGAAUACACUCCAGGUGCUCUCCAUACUUCACAAAGUGACUCCUCACACGCUCUAGUGAUGACUCAGUUUUUGCCAGAGUUUCAGAGGAUACUGAAAAGCUGUUUUUAGCAUUUGUUAAAUUUUUUACUCUGUCCUAUGUAAAUGCUGAGAAAUGACUUACAUUAUGGAUUUUAAAUACGUAUAUUUAUACUUACUGUAAAAUUAGAUUUGGUGCUAAGUAGGAAUGAAAUGUCUCUUCCAGAGGUCAGACAGCUUUUAGAACAACCCGACUGAAAGCCAGUUCUCCAAGGUCAGGUGUGAGCAGCACUUUAAACCUGAGGCCCCAGGCUCCUACAGCAACACAGAGCCAGCUGUCAGGAGUUCUGUGUCCUUAGCUCUGUACCUGAACCUCUCCUUGUUCACCCAGCCCACCUGCAGUGCUGGACCUGUGUCUAAUAAAUGGGAGCAAAUGUUAUUUCAAUAAAAUAACACCUUUGCUGUGGAGUCA